AUGGCGGAGCGGAGGAUCGGCGUGGCGAUGGACUUCUCGGCGAGCAGCAAGAAGGCGCUGCGGUGGGCGGCCGACAACCUGGUCCGCAAGGGCGACACCCUCGUGCUCCUCCACAUCCGGCACCACGGCCGCGACGAGGCGAAGAACGUUCUCUGGUCCCACACCGGAUCACCAUUGAUCCCGCUGGAGGAGCUCAUGGAGCCGGCGGUAAGGCAGCGCUACGACAUGCCGGAGGACCUCGAAGUGUUCGACAUGCUCAACGGUGUCGCCCGACAGAAGGAGCUGUGCGUGGUGGUGAAGAUGUAUUGGGGCGACCCGAGGGAGAAGGUGUGCGACGCGGUGGGGGAGCUCAAUCUAGAGUCGCUUGUCAUGGGCAGCCGUGGCCUCGGCCAGAUCCAAAGGAUUCUGCUGGGAAGUGUGACGAACUACGUUCUGUCGAAUGCAUCAUGCCCUGUGACGGUCGUCAAGUCAAAGUAG